AUGGCAACGAUUUCCCACCGGUUAACCACCGGUUUAACCUCCUCGAUCAGCUCAAUCCAAUCGCAUUCCUCGAACCAAUCUCAAUCGAUCUCCUUAAUUCGUCGAAACCACAUCAAUCGUCGUCUACCUUCGUCGUCAAUCUCUCAAACUUCAAAUCGGUGGUUAAUCCAAACGUCGAGAUCCUGGGAUGGAUCGGAGAUUAAAAAACCAGGCGUGUGCCGUUACGCGAUCGCCGGAGAUAACGAGAUCGAAGGCGAUCACGUCGUCGAUACAGAGCAUGUUAAUACGACGGAGAUUGUGAUUUGGGCGGUGGCUACGGCGGCGUUAGGCGUCGGAAACAGAGUCAUGUAUAAACUCGCGCUGGUUCCACUCAAACACUAUCCCUUCUUCCUCGCGCAACUCUCCACCUUCGGGUAUGUAGCUGUAUAUUAUUCAAUCUUGUAUUCUCGAUAUCGUGCUGGAACUGUUACAGAUGCAAUGCUCUCGGUGCCAAAAAUGCCAUUUUUAAUUGUUGGUGUUUUAGAGGCUUUAGCUACAGCUGCUGGGAUGGCAGCCGCAGCGAAUCUUUCGGGGCCAUCUACUACAGUUAUAUCUCAGACAUUUCUUGUCUGGCAAAUUUUCUUCUCCAUCAUUUUUCUUGGGAGGAGAUAUAGCGUAAACCAAAUACUCGGAUGCACUCUUGUAGCUCUUGGUGUAAUUGUCAGUGUGGCAAGUGGAUCUGGUGCUGCACAUUCAUUAAAGGAAGCUGGAAUAUUUUGGAUUCUUCUAAUGGUCCUCUCCUUCCUGCUUCAAGGAGCAGAUACAGUAUUGAAGGAAGUCAUCUUUAUAGAUAGCCUAAAACGAUUGAAGGGUGCAUCACUCGAUCUGUUUAUAGUUAAUUCGUAUGGGUCAGCUUAUCAAGCCGUCUGCAUCGCGUUGCUUCUUCCAUUUCUUUCAAAACUAUGGGGCAUACCGUUUAACCAACUCGGUUCUUACCUAAAAGAUGGCGCGGUUUGCUUCCUCAACAUUGGUACAAUGACAAAAGGAUGCGAUGGGGCUCCAUUGUUACCUUUAUUGUUUGUGAUAGUGAACAUUGGCUACAACAUUGCGCUUUUAAGACUCCUCAAGAUUUCCUCUGCGGUGGUUUCAUGUCUUGCAUCGACAGUAUCAGUGCCAAUUGCGGUGUUUCUGUUCACAUUGCCAUUACCGUACCUUGGAGUUGCAUCAUCACUUCCAAAAGGGUUCAUGGGAGGAACAAUUAUACUUGUUUUGGGAAUGCUUCUUUACAGUUGGUCACCACAAGAAGCUAAUCGUUCUCGUACUGAUACAGUCAUUCCUUCACCUCCUCCAACUUGA